CAAUCUCUCCAUGACUCCGCUCAACCCACCAACUCGUCCCGCCAGCCCGAUCCACUCUCCUCACCCCCCGCGCCACCGCAACGCUCUCAACCGCCGGCGGCGUGGCAAUGCAGCCCGGCAGCCAGCCCUCCGCCGGCGACGCGGGCGCCGAGACGGAGGCGUUCGUCCCGCGCGGCGCGCCCCAGGGCCUGCGCCGGCGCACCGGGCCCGUCCCGCUCGACUCGAGUCCCCGCAGCGGCCGCGCGGGCGACGGGACGCGGUCCACCUUCCGCGAGGACGUCGGCCACGCCGCCGCCGAGACGUACCUCGUCACGGGCCUCGCCUUCACCCUGCUCGGAUACCUCGGGAUAGGUUAUCGGUGGAUAUCGCAGCUUAUUGCGCUCCUUCUAUAUGCAGUUUUACUCAUGCCUGGUUUCAUAAAAGUUGGGUACUACUAUUUCUUUUCAAGUCAGGUUUGUAGAAGUGUAGUUUAUGGAGAGCAACCUAGAAAUAGGUUGGAUUUGUACAUACCCAGAGAUCACAGCAAAUCCAGUCCAGUUGUGGCAUUUGUAACUGGUGGAGCUUGGAUCAUUGGUUACAAGGCGUGGGGUGCUCUUCUUGGAAGGCGGUUAGCAGAGCGAGGAAUUAUAGUCGCUUGUAUUGAUUACAGAAAUUUUCCUCAAGGAACAAUAAGUGACAUGGUCAGUGAUGCUUCUGAGGCGAUAUCAUUUAUUUGUAACAAUGCUGUUAGCUAUGGAGGGGAUCCUAAUAAAAUCUACUUGAUGGGUCAAUCAGCAGGAGCACAUAUUGCAGCCUGUGCUCUCUUAGAGCAAGCAGUUAAAGAAUCUAAGGGAGAUCACACCUCUUGGAAUGUGGCUCAAAUAAAAGCAUAUUUUGGUUUGUCUGGAGGAUACAACAUCCAAAAUUUGGUCGACCACUUUCAUGAGCGUGGCCUUUAUCGUUCAGUAUUUCUCAGUAUAAUGGAGGGAGAGGAAUCGUUGCCACAUUUCUCUCCUGAAAUUGUCGCCAAGAAAUCAAGUGCUGAAGCAAUAGCUCUACUACCUCAUAUUGUACUAAUGCAUGGCACAGCAGAUUACUCCAUACCAUCAUCUGCCAGUGAAACUUUUGCAAAUGUCCUUAAACAAACUGGCGGGAAAGUAAAGUUACAUUUGUAUGAAGGAAAGACGCAUACUGAUGUAUUUUUACAGGAUCCGCUUAGAGGCGGCAAAGACCAACUGGUUGAAGAUGUUAUUUCUGUCAUCCAUGCUGAUGAUGCAGAUGCCCGCGAGAACGACGCUUUGGCACCUACCCCUGAACGCCUGGUUUAUGAGUGGCAAAUAAAGCUGGCACGCCAAAUUAGUCCCUUCUGAACAGAUGAACUGCUGUCUUUUUGUGCUGCUGAGAUUGUGGUAGGUCUGCAAGCAGAAAGGUUUUUCUCCAAGACAUUUGUAUGUUAAUAGUAUUUAGGUUGAAUGCACAAGAAAGCUAGGCAUCUGUGCAUGUGUGCCAAGAUGGCGAACUAGGAAGUAGGAACUACAUGGGGGCUCAGAAUCUCUCUCAAAAAAAGAAACAUGCCUUGCUUGGGGGCGCCAGGUGGUCACUGAUCGAAGAAGGUUUUUGUGGGAUCUCUAGGCUGUAGGCUGUAGGCAAUGCUCUACUACAUACUUGUGCCGUGUUUAAACUUGUUUUUUUGUUUUUUUUUUUGACAAAUUCGUACAAAGUGUAUAGAAUGACCAAUACGAUCUGUAAAUAGAAUAGGAUGUUGUAUCUUAAGAAUAUAUCGCCAAUUCAUGAGAAGUUAGAUGAACUUGCGACACAUAUACAGACAUGUCAUACAUUUUUUUA